AGCCGAUUCUGGUUGACUCAAAUAUGGCGAAGUCGCCAUCAGAAUGUAUACUUUGAGUGUAUACUUUGCUCUGGUCGCUGAGCAGGUGGUUCAUCAAAGAGUUUCAGAGAAAAGGUUGCUGCAUCUCCACUGACCGUUGUAUUGCAUCUCCACUGACCGUGGUAUUGCACCUUCACAAUCCAAUCCCAUCCCACCUGCUCCCCGUGGCAGGUACGUACGGUCUGCACUGUACACUCAUCGCCAGCGUCCACCAGGCCGACCGAGGGCUUGCCAUAAAGUUCUCUCCACAGAAUCUCUCAUCUCCUUCAAGAUCCUCUGUAUAUCCCCCUAGACUGUUUUUUAUUCUUUCACUUUCUCCCUCCCAAAUUGUGCAAGCAUGCGUGCGAGGGCAAUAUAUCUAGCUCUGGCUUUCCUCCAGAUCUCACAUGCAAAGCCUGUCGCUGUCGGAUCCAACAAGGAACCGCUGCAAACGCCAUUGGAGGACCUGACAGUACCACACCACCGCCUGCACGCCUCGCGACGAUUGCACGGCAAAUUCCUCCAUAUAACCGGUAUGCGGGAUUAUUGAGCCUCCCUCAAGAUCAAGAUCUCUUAUCGGUAUGCAAUGCUAAUCAGAUAUCAGAUUUACAUCCAGAUCCCCACUACAAAUCCCAUUCUUCGACCGGCGAAGACGACGCCUGCCAUCGUGGGAAAGGUCAUGCAGGUACCUUUGGUGCUGAAACCACCGAUUGCGACAGCCCUUACGCUCUGAUCAAUUCAACCUUCAAAUGGAUCGCAGAGAAUAUCAAAGACGAGCUGGAUUUCGUGGUAUGGACGGGCGACUCGGCGCGACAUGAUAGCGAUGAGAAGAUUUCGCGGACGGCAAAAGAGGUCUUGGAUACCAAUACAUGGGUUGCGCAGAAAUUUUCAGAAACCUUCAGCGCCCACGACGAUCCGCAGAAUGCCUUAUCGAUUCCUAUCGUCUCGACGUUUGGAAACAACGACAUCCUUCCUCACAAUAUCCUUCUUUCCGGGCCCAAUAAAUGGUUGAAGGCGUACACUGGUAUCUGGGACAAGUUCAUACCAGAGGAACAGAGACAUGGCUUUCAAAGAGGUGGAUGGUAUUACGUGGAAGUGAUACCGAAAAAGUUGGCUGUCUUCAGUUUGAACACUCUCUACUUUUUCAAGAACAAUGCGGGUGUAGAUGGGUGCGCGCUCAGGUCUGAACCAGGAUUUGAACAUUUCGAAUGGCUGCGGAUUCAACUACAAUUUAUUCGCGAACGUGGAAUGAAGGCAAUUUUGAUCGGACAUGUUCCUCCGGCUCGAACGGAGAGUAAGGAGCUUUGGGAUGAGACAUGCUGGCAAAAAUACAUCCUCUGGCUUCAACAAUAUCGGGAUGUCAUUGUGGGAGGGCUGUACGGCCAUAUGAACAUCGAUCAUUUCAUGUUGCACGAUACCAAAGAGAUAAAACUGCUUGCAGAGGAGACAUUGUCUUCCGACGGACUGGAUCGAGUGAUCAUGGAAGAUGAACUUAAUAUUCAGUCUGCAAACGAUUAUCUCGAAGAGCUCCGCCAAGAUUGGUCAGAUUUGCCAAAUCCUGCUUCUCUUCUGAAAGACCCAAAUCAUGGAGAUAGCCAAAAGAAGAAGGGUAAGAAGAGUGAAAAGGACAAGCUUCUUGACAAGAUUGGUGGCCAAUGGGGUGAAAGGUUUCACGUUACAAACGUUGGCCCUAGCAUCGUCCCAAAUUAUUUCCCUACCUUACGAAUCAUCGAGUACAACAUCACUGGACUCGAAGAGACUCCAAGUUGGGCUGAUGUGAAGUAUUUUGCGGAUCCCGAAUCGGUGUCGGAUUUUAUAGAUGAUUCACACAAUUCUCUGGACCACGAGGACGAUUUUGUUUCCAUGAAAGAAACUGCACUCGAAUCUGAGAAUCUAUCUGACGACUCAAGAAUUACAAAAAGGAAGAAGAAACAUGGGAAGAAGCCCAAGAAGCCUGACUUUACAGUCCCCUUACCGCCUUCCAAAUCCUCACCCCCAGGACCAGCCCAUUCCCCUCAAAGUCUGACUAUGCUUGGUUAUACCCAAUAUUUCGCAAAUCUUACUCACAUCAACAAUCUGCAACUCUCGUCUUUAGACAAUGACGACGACGUCGACCAAGAAAGAUGGCGCGAGGGCAAACACAAGGGCGAACGUCUAGAUGGGAAGAGUCCCUCUCCAAAAACCUUCAAAUACGAGCCUGAAUACGACACUUUCAAUGAUUCUAUAUAUAAAAUGAAAGACAUGACUGUGCGAAGCUAUCUUCGUCUAGCUCAUAGAAUUGGGAGAUAUAAACCCGAAAAGGGGGAUUCGAUAGACGAUCUCGGUGGAUUUGAGGAUGUUGUAGAUGAAGAUUGUAGACUCGACGAGGAGGCUGAUAGCGAAGACGAAGAAGACGAGCAAGAUCAAGAUUUCGACACGGAGAAAGAGAAGAAGAAACACAAGAAGCAUAGGAAGAAGAAGCAUCACCGUCGUCACGAGAAGAAUAAAGUCUGGUUGGCAUUCGUACAGCGUGCAUUCGUGGGGACGCUGGAGCAAGAGGAACUGCGUGGUUUCGAGACGGGCAGUUCACUCGAGGAUGCUACUCAUAAUUCGGUGUUUGUCAAGCAUGAUGGGGAGUUGUGAGUCUUAGCUAGGAAGGGACAUUGAAAAGGAGUUUUUGGUUGAGGCAUUUCUUUUUGCCUUGUUGCUUUCUUUCUUUCUUUCUUUCUUUCUUUGCAUGGUUUGUAUGGCGUAGAGGGCAUUUGGAUGGAUUGGCUUGGUGGGAUGGAAUUGGAUUGGAUUGGAUUGGA